AUGAACGGCUUCAAUGAUCACAGCCUCGACGAGGAUGCGUUUGGAGCUUCAAAGGGUGGCAUUGUGUCGAGUUUUGAUGCUUUUCCCAAAACCAAGAAGACAUACCUCGUCCAAGGUCGCAACUCCUCAGCAUGGACCGUAACGCUCAUCCUCACAUGCAUAUACCUCUCCUGGUCCGAGAUAACGCGAUGGUAUGCCGGCUCGACCACACAAUCCUUCUCCGUCGAGAAGGGCGUGUCACACGACAUGCAAAUAAACCUCGAUAUAAUAGUCGCCAUGAACUGCCACGACCUACGCGUCAACAUGCAAGACGCGGCCGGCGACCGAACACUCGCGGGUGACCUGCUACGCAACGAUCCAACCAACUGGUCGCAGUGGACGGGCCGGAAGAUGGAGAAGGGCAUGCACGAGCUGGGCAAGGACGACGGCGUGAAUCCUGGCUGGGAAGAGCUGUGGGAUGUGCAUGAGCAAUUGGGCAAGGCGAAGAAGAGGAAGUUCAGCAAGACGCCGAGGGUCAGAGGCGCGCCGGAUGCGUGUAGGAUCUUUGGCAGUCUGGAUGGAAACAAAGUCCAGGGAGACUUCCACAUCACAGCGAGAGGGCACGGAUAUCAGGAGUUUGGCGAACAGCAUCUGGACCACAAGACAUUCAACUUCUCGCACAUCAUCCGCGAAAUGUCCUUCGGCCCCUACUACCCCUCCCUUACCAACCCCCUCGACAACACCAUCGCAACAACCCCCACCGACCAAGACCACUUCUACAAAUUCCAAUACUACCUCUCCAUCGUGCCCACCAUCUACACCGACAAUCCGGGCCUCCUCCCCCUCCUCGAGUCAGUAAACCGCGACCCCAGCGCCCACCCCGCCAAAUCCAUCUUCAGCACCCACGCCAUCAAGACGAAUCAGUACGCCGUGACGUCCCAGUCCCACACCGUGCCCGAAAACUACGUCCCUGGCGUGUUCGUCAAGUUCGACAUUGAGCCGAUUAUGCUGGCGGUUGUGGAAGAGUGGGGAGGCUUUUGGCGCCUCCUUGUGCGCAUCGUCAACGUUGUGUCUGGCGUCAUGGUAGCGGGCGGCUGGGCUUGGCAGAUGUACGACUGGGGACUGGAAGUUUGGGGAAAGAAGGGGCGCAGAAAGGGUGGCGAGAUGGGUAUGUUGGGCACGCCCGCGCGGGAAGAUUCGAGUUUCUUUGGAAAUGAGAAGAAAAGCUGGGAUUAG